AUGGAUUCUUAUGUGGAAACGAUAUUCAGUAGAGAUUAGGAGUAUUUCUUGUGUCAAGAGCAAAGUCGAAUGUCAAGGUAGCCCCGCAGAGCCGCAUGGGACGAACCUCUAGGCACGCCCGCGAUAAACCUUGGCACUCGGCGAGCGCUCAAAAUGACAUCGCCUGCCAAUUUUUUCGCCGGCGACAAGUUCAACCUCAACGUAUCUCGGUGAGGUUAUAGCAGGACUGGCUCCGCUCCAAGCACCUCUCGACAACUACUCUCACUUUCUCUACCCUGCAACUCCUCCGUGCCUCUCUCCGCGCGCCCGUCUUCUCUCCGUGUCAUCUCCACUUUCCCCGCGACUGCGCAACUCCGCCAGGCCGUCUCCGCCAGGAUCGCAUCGCAUCGCAGCGUACGAAGGACGCCAUCCUAUCUCCCAUCGUCUCUCGCGCUGGCGCUCGUCCUGACUUGAUAUUUCGAUUACAAGCCGCUGUCUAGUCUGUCAAUGGAGAUUCUCAUCCUUUCCUUCGCUCGACGGGUUACUGCGAAUUGAUCGAUCACUCUCGAUUGAUAUUCGAUCGAUGUUGACCUUCACCACUUAACAUUUCUUCUGAACCAUCUCCCCGCGUCCGUUUCAAAUCUUCCCCCGAUACUCUUGCCUACAACUCUACAACACUCGGUGAACAAAUCCUGCUUCGGAACGAUCAACUACAACCACCACCUGUUGCUCUUAUCGAACUAUAUCGCUCCAUCGUUUGCGCUCUUGAUUCAUCUGCUACAGUGGAUGAAGCUCCUAUCGACUCGCCAUAUCCUGAAACAAAACAUCCGGCUGGUUCGACCUGCGAUCCUCGAAAACCUCAAUCCCAGACCCAUUCGCAUCGUCCUAUUUCGCUACAAACAUGGAUGACUUGAAGCAGCGCAAGAUCAACAGUCUCGUGGAAGACCAGGAGACCUACAAAUUUCUCCUGGAGGACCUUCUCGAGCAGAAUCCAGCAGACACUGCUGGGAUCGCCGAGCUUCAGGCAACUAUCGAGAGGAUUGAGGACCAGAUUGCAGAGCUGCUGGGCACCGGUCCCAGCACUUCGGGCUCCUCUUCCAACAGCACACAAAAUGGUGUCAUCUCUCGAUCACCUCCCCCGGCUAAUUCAACCACACAUCCUUCUUCUUUGAAUUCUUCUCCUGCGGAUCCGGGGUCUGCCCCGCACCAUCCGUCAACGGCCCCCUCGCCCUUUGCUGCUGCUCAUCCUGGUCAAUCUGCACGGCCUGCUGUGCCAUCACGAGCCGACGAAACCCGUAAAAGACAGCGCCAGGACUCUAUGAGCUCACCGAUCCAACACCAAUCGUCGAAGAGAACGGCUGUGGACCGUCACAAGUCUCGCUACGAGGCAAUAGAGGCAGAAAUGGAGAGGCAGUUGAAAGCAAGUCGCGAAUUGUACGAAGACACAAAGGACCCUGAGUCUGUCCAGCUACGUGCAGCAAACGAAGGCAUUUCCACUGAGCAGGUCUUGGAGGAAAUGGAGAAGGAGCAGAAGGAAGAGGAAGAUGUGAUUCGCGCUCAAUUCCGGAUGGACAUGGACGAGCAAAUGGCGCGCAUGGUGCAAGCAGAGGAUGCAGUCAGCGAAAGCGAUGACGACCGGGGCUCGAGUCCGUUAUCAGUGUACAGGAUUCCUGAUCGUACGCUGCCGCUCCCUUCCACACGUCCAUACGCAACUCCGUCAUACAUAGACCCACAGCCACGUCGUCGUUAUCCCGUGCCCACGCAGUUUGAUUACAAUCCUGCUCCGCCGGGUUCAUUCCCAUACGGGGACGAUGAUCUCCAAGAAAUUCCAAGGGAAUACUUUAACGCGCGUGGGGCAGGACCAUCUGGGUUCGGUCCAUCCGUGUAUGGACCGUCUGGAUUCAGUCCCUCGGGGCUAGUCACUCCUUCACUUGGUCCACCACGGUAUACCCCUAUGUUCAGUGGCCCCAAUCCCCUCAACCGUGGUCGGACUCUCCCGUGGAUGCAUGAUCCCACCCCUGCCACCGAAAUGGCGGCAAUCGACCUGCUUCGGGACAAUCCACUGGGUCUGGAGGAUGCUGAUGAUCUUGAACGAUAUGAGGAGCAAAACUUCCCUCAGGAUAUUCAGAACCUGAUUACUGGUAUCAAGGAUAUUCGUGAAGCCACCAAGGCGGAGAAGGAUGAGACACCGGAGGGUCUGAGAGUCACACUCAUGAAGCAUCAGAAGAUUGGUGUGGCGUGGAUGAAGGCCAAAGAAGAGAGUAAUCACAAAGGUGGUAUUCUCGCCGAUGACAUGGGUCUCGGCAAGACGGUUCAGGCCAUUGCUCUUAUGGUUGCAAGGCCCCCAAGUGAUCCUGAACGGUAUCCUACGUUGAUCGUUGCGCCAAAGGCAUUGAUGGACCAGUGGAAGCGUGAGAUCCAAAGACAUGUCGAGCCUGGGAAGCAUCAGCUUUCAGUGUUCAUCUAUCAUGGUGCCAACCGUGUCGACUGGAGGAAACUCAAGUCUUACAACGUCGUCAUAACCACCUUCGGCACUCUGACCGCCAGCUUCAAAUUACUUCUCAGAGCAGAAAAGCUUGAGGAGGAAGGAAAGGAUGUGAGCAUUGUCAGAGAAUGCCGCAAUCUGGCAACGCUGUUCACGCCAGUGAGCAAGUGGCAUCGUGUCAUUGUCGAUGAGGCUCAGAAUAUCAAGAAUCCAUCCGCCAAGGCGAGCAAGGCUUGUUGCAGACUCAAUGCAACAUAUCGCUGGUGUCUUACUGGAACGCCGAUGAUGAAUCGACUUGAGGAUUUCCAGUCUCUUUUGACUUUCCUCCGCAUCCGGCCUUAUAACAACAAGGAGAAGUUCAAAAGGGACUUCCGGGUGGUGAAAUCUGGCUUUGUGCCAGAGCCCGUGAUGCAGCAGCUUCGCAUCCUCGUUAAAUCAGUGUGUUUCCGCCGCACCAAGACCUCGAAGAUCGACGGUCAACCGAUCCUGCAGCUUCCUCCGAAGGUUAUCGAAAAAGUUCAUGUUGUAUUCGAUGAGAAAGAGCAAGAGAUCUAUGAUGCACUUGCCUCCAAAACGCAAGCGCAAAUCGAGAGACUUCUGAACGCUGGUAUCCUGGGAAAGAAGUACAGUCAUGUCUUGGUGCUUCUACUGCGGCUGCGGCAAGCCUGCUGUCACCCGCAUCUUAUGCAAGGCAUCACCACGAAAACUCCUACCGUCGAGGGUAGGGAUAUGGUUGCCAAUGCGAGACUCCUGAGCUCAACGGUCGUGGAUCGAAUCAAGAGCAACACGGGCGGCGAGGAUGACGGAACCUGCCCUAUUUGCAUGGACAUUGUUGAAAACGCCAUCAUCUACAUUCCUUGCGGUCAUUCGGUCUGCAACGAAUGCUUUGCUCGAAUUUCGGAUCCACAACUUCUAGCCCAUAAUGACGACACCGGUAUGAUUAAGUGUCAGAACUGUCGUGGCCCGGUCGAUCCCAUCAAGGUUACCGACGGGGAAUCAUUCAAGAAAGUUUACGAUCCGGCCAGUGCAUCCGAGUCUACAACGACUUCAGAUAAAGAGGAUGGCCAGUCGGAUGAUUCUGACUCGGAUGACUCGGACUCAGGUACAGAAAGCGAGGGAUCCUCUGAUAGACCGAAGAAGAAAUCACUCGCAGAGCUCCGCAAGGAAGGUCAGAAGAAUAAGCGUGCGAAGCGCAGAUAUCUUCGCCGUCUCGAGAGAUCGUGGAUCCCUAGCGCAAAGAUCACCAAAGCCAUCGAGAUUCUGGAGGAGAAUGAAACCCGCGGUAAGGAUGAGAAGACGAUCAUCUUCAGUCAGUUUACCUCCCUCCUGGAUCUUCUGGAAGUCCCUAUCGCCCGUAAGGGCUGGAAGUAUGUCCGUUUUGAUGGUAGCAUGAACAUUACCGAGCGUAAUGAAUCUGUGGCCACCUUCACGGAUGAUCCCGAGGUCAAGAUCAUGCUCGUCUCUCUCAAGGCCGGCAACGCAGGUCUUAACCUCGUCGCUGCUUCCCAUGUCAUCCUGUUCGACCCUUUCUGGAAUCCCUAUGUCGAGGAUCAGGCCAUCGAUCGUGCCCAUCGAAUCGGUCAGACCAAGGAUGUCUUUGUGCACCGUUUGCUUAUCGAGAACACGGUCGAGGACCGCAUCAUCAAUCUCCAGGAAGAGAAGCGCGAGCUCAUCAGCGGUGCCCUCGAUGAGGGUGGCUCGAUGAAUGUCUCACGACUGGAUGUCCGGGAACUUGCAUACCUUUUCGGAGUUCGUACCUAAGUAACAAGCCUGAUGGUCACCAUGCUAUGGUCGAUUUGAGACUUUCCGUUGAUCUACAACCUUCUCCGUCCGCGCACCAUUGCUGUAGAUUUAUGCCUUGUUUCAUGGGCGUUCCGAGGCGCAAUGACGAUUACGUUCUAUCCACGACAACCCCUUUAUACCCCCAAGUCAUUACCUCAUGAACACUUUCACCCGUGGUUUCGGUUACUUUGAUUAGCGUUUGAUGUUUAGCUCGGAGCUUCCAGAAUUGAAGUACCAUCGAAACGAGAUCAUGCUCUCCUUUUUUGCUUGCCGGAAUCGCGCUUUUUAAUUUUCCAUUGCAUAUAGGGGUAGAAUCAAAGAAUUAUUCAUGACUUUUUUUUUGUGAGACCUUUUUGAAAGAGGACAUGCAUUUUAUGCAGUAAGCUCAUUUCAGAGGGGGGAAGAAAAAAAAAAAGGACAUUGAGAUGGUAGGUAAAAAAUGAGUCUAAGCUACUAAGUGUGGUUGGGGGGAAAACCAUAAAAAGAAAUGCAUAAUCGUGCCGUCCCUUUCUUCAAACCGCCACUGCCCCAACCGCUUUCAUUGUAUCGUGAAUCCUAGGACUGUACUGUAGUCGAGCCCAAAACUUCCGGUCGUGGAAUGUGCCGCCCCUCUUUUUACAUGUCACUGUCAAAGACGGUGACAAGGGGGGAAGUGGCUUUGAUGAUCCCCGAAGUCCGGAUCGGAAAAAGAACUGUCGGGGACCUGCUGGUGAGGUUGACCACUUUACAGGUCGGCAUCGUCCUCGUCGGGGAGGGGCUGAGCAGCAGCAUCGGCCAUCUCCUGGCGGUACUUCUCGAGCUGCUCGUGGUCGACGGUAACCUCGGGGGGAGCGAGGGCAGGAGCAGCGACAAACUCCUGUAGUGAUAGUUAGUAGGCUGCGUGUGGCGGUGAAGGAUAAAGAUUCGGAAGAAAAGAAUACGUACCAGCUGGGGGUUGCCGACCAGUUUCCGGGCGAGCCACAGGAAGGGCUUCUCGAAGUUGUAGUUGGACUUGGCGGAGAUAUCGUAGUACUGGAGGUUCUUCUUGCGGUGGAAGGUGAUGGUCUUGGCCUUGACCUUGCGCUCCUUCACAUCAACCUUGUUACCGCAGAGAACGAUGGGAAUGUUCUCGCAGACACGGACAAGGUCACCUGGAAAAUCAAUUAGCCAAUCCAACUCCGUUUUGAGUCGCGUGAGAACGGGGGAAAAUCGUACGGUGCCAGUUGGGAACGUUCUUGUAGGUGAUACGGGAGGUGACAUCGAACAUGAUGAUACCGGCCUGGCCGUUGAUGUAGUAACCAUCACGGAGACCACCGAACUUCUCCUGGCCGGCGGUAUCCCAGACAUCGAACUGAAUGGUACCCAGGUUCUAG